AUGUCCCUUCGUAAAAAGCUAUUUGCUAAUCCCUUCGUCAAGGAAGAGCCUAAACUACCUGAGGAGGUGGAGCCUCAACCUGCUGCUACGCGUUUGGAACUAUGGGGAUACUACUUGUAUUAUAAUGGCGACAAUGGUUAUGUGAUGUUUAGUUAUUUGCCAAACAUUUUGCAAUACCUCGCGUAUCAAGCCGGCUUUAACCCUGCUACCCCGGAUGUGCGUGGGUGUGAUAUGAAUGACACGAUGGCUCCGUGCAACGUCCACUGGCUGGGUGGAUCCAUUCCUGUAUCCUCGAUGGUUCUAUAUCAACAAGCGAUUGCAUUCUCGAUCCAAUUUCUUUUAUUCACCACAUUUGGCAGUUUGGCAGAUUAUGGUAAAUGGAACCGGUAUAUCCUUCUUUUGGCAACAGUGAUUGGUUGUGCCUCGCAAAUGGUGCCAAUCGCCUUGGUCAAUGACGAUGGUAGCCAUUGGGGUGCCAUGAUGGCUAUUCAAAUUGUGGCUCUGAUCUCCUAUGGCACAUCAUUGGUGUUUUACGCCGCUGCUUUUCCGACUUUGAGUGACAAUUUGCCGGUUGUCCGAAAAGCCCGAGCUGAUCCAUCUUUAACGGAAGAUGAAGUACAAGCCGAGGUCUCUAAAUGGAGAAACUAUGUAUCUGCUUGGUCCACUACCUUCUCCAACAUUGGCUUCUUGGUGAUGACAGGUGUCCUAUCUGGAGCAUCCUUCUACCCAUGGGCAGGUGGCGGUUACCUCGGUGAUCAACCCAUCUACAACUUUAUUUCGGCUGUUGUCUGUGGCGGCUAUUGGGCUAUCAACGCCAUUCCUUAUCUCUUUUUCCAACCCAAAGGCCGUUCAGGACCACCUCUUACCCGUGGCAAUCAUUUCACUAUUGGAUGGAUUUCUAUUUUUGAAGCGUUAAGAGAAGUACGACGAUUGCGCUAUCUAUUCUUGUACAUUUUUUCCUAUUUCAUGUUUUCCGAUGCUGUUAAUACCAUCAAUUCCAUGAUCUCGAUCGUGCAAGGUGAAAUUACCAGCUUUUCAGCCCAGCAAGUGACACUACUCAAUCUUAUCUCGGCGGUGUGCUCCAUCAUUGGUUGCCUCAUAUUCUUGGUUAUUUCCCAAAAGUUUGGUGUAAAGACUAAAACCAAUCUCCUGAUCAUUCUGACGCUUUCGGCUGUCGUACCUGUAUGGGGAUGCUUUGGCAUUGGUCUUGAUAACUUUGGUAUCAAGACACGAUGGGAGUUGUGGGUGUUUUAUGUAUGGCAAGGCUUAUUUACAGCCCCCAUCUAUGCAUGGCAACAAACGAUGCUGGCUGAGCUUAUUCCCAAGGGACGAGAAAACAUGUUUUUCGGUUUAUUUGGUGUCAUGAACAAAGCCUCUUCGUGGAUCGGGCCCAUUGUUAUCGGUGCCAUCACUCAACAUACAUCCAAUCUCUGGAAGGGCUGGCCUUUUAUCCUGGGACUCUUCAUUGUUGCCAUUGCCUUGGUUAUCUUAAUUGAUGUUGACAAAGCCAAGGAGCAAGCUGAAGCCUAUCGCAAAACACAUGUGAGCAGUGAUCCAAUGCGUGUCGCUGCUGACGAGCCCAUCAUCACUGAAAAAACGAUUGAUUACAAGGAGGAGUGA